ACUUUUCUUUUAGUUGUCAGCACCCAGCUCUUUUGCUUGCCUCCAGUCACGAAUUAGGGCAUUUGAGCUUUCUUUUCCUUAUACUGCUAUUCCUAUACAUACAUAUAUAUACAAACUAACUGCACCAUCUUACUCCUACCAACUCCGGCCGAACCCUUUUUCUUUCUCUGAUCUUAUUCUUCUUCCGCUCAGUUGCACCAUCGCAAGAGUUCUUUUCUUAUUGAAUUGUGCUUUGUUGGUGCAUUUUGGAGAGGACCUGCUACACGUUCUUGACUAAGAGGGUACUGAAAUUUUUGCAACUAUAAUGGAAGUCCGAUCAAACUUGCGGCGUAUUUUAUACUCACAAGAGCUUGUAGAUGGAAAACCAAUUCAAGUUUCUUCAAAUUGCCUUCCUAUCCAGGCGUCCAAGUAUGAACCAGCUGGGCAUUCCUUCCAUCACGUGGCUCUUAAACUUCGUGGUCAUGUGGAAAAAGUUGUGGAUGAUGGAGAUAAGAAAGUGGCUGAUGAAAAGGAACAAACUUCCCUGCCAUCUGAUUCUUACAGCAGCAAAGGUAAAAAGAAAUCUGGUGCUGAAGACAGUCAACAAGAUCAUUAUGCAUUGUUGGGUUUGGCCAAUUUAAGAUACCUUGCCACCGAGGAUCAGAUAAAAAAAAGCUACCGUGAGACUGCCUUGAAGUAUCACCCUGACAAGCAGGCUGCUCUUCUUCUUGCUGAGGAAACUGAAGCUGCCAAACAAGCAAAGAAGGAUGAGAUUGAGAGCCACUUCAAGUCUAUCCAAGAAGCUUAUGAAGUUUUGAUUGAUCCUGUGAAAAGAAGAAUUUAUGAUUCCACAGAUGAGUUUGAUGAUGAGAUUCCAACAGACUGUGCCCCACAGGACUUCUUCAAGGUGUUUGGUCCAGCUUUCAUGCGUAAUGGGCGGUGGUCUGUUAAUCAACCGAUCCCAUCUUUUGGUGAUGACAAGACCCCAAUAAAUGAAGUGGAUAGUUUCUACAACUUUUGGUACACCUUUAAAAGCUGGAGAGAGUUUCCACAUGCUGAUGAGUUUGAUCUUGAGCAAGCUGAGUCUCGUGAUCACAAGAGAUGGAUGGAGAGGCAGAAUGCAAAACUGUCAGAAAAGGCUAGAAAGGAAGAAACUGCAAGGAUUCGUACUCUUGUUGACAAUGCCUAUAAAAAAGACCCCAGGAUCCAGAGGAGGAAGGAAGAGGAGAAAGCUGAGAAACAGAGGAAAAAGGAGGCCAAAUAUCUAGCAAAGAAAUUGCAGGAGGAAGAAGCAGUGAGGGCUGCUGAAGAAGAGAAGCGUCGAAAAGAAGAGGAAGACAAACGAGCUGCUGAAGUAGCUUUACAGCAGCGGAAGGUGAAAGAAAAAGAGAAGAAACUCUUGCGCAAAGAACGGGCUCGACUUCGCACACUCUCAGGAUCUGUUGUAACACAGAAAUCAUUCAGUAUCUCUGCAGAUGAUGUAGAAAGUCUUUGUAUGUCACUUAACACGGAGCAGCUGAGGAAUUUAUGUGAAAAGAUGGAGGGGAAAGGACCAUUGGAGAUGGCAGAAGUUCUUAGAGAUGCACUUGGAUAUAGUAGCAAUUUGGAGACUAGAAAAGAAGACCAGAAGAAAGCUGAAACGCAGAAUGGUUCUGUGGAUACUAAUGGAACUACUCCAGGAACUAUUCCAUUUAGCAGCUCUGAGAAGAAAGAAAAACCUUGGGGCAGAGAAGAGAUUGAGCUCUUGAGAAAAGGAGUGCAGAAAUUCCCCAAAGGAACAUCUCGGAGGUGGGAAGUUAUUUCUGAUUACAUUGGCACUGGGAGAACCGUAGAAGAGAUUCUGAAGGCAACCAAAACAGUGCUCCUACAGAAGCCUGAUUCUGCCAAAGCUUUUGAUUCAUUUCUGGAAAAGAGGAAGCCUGCACCAUCAAUUGCGUCGCCACUUACAACAAGGGAGGAAGCAGGAGUAUCAAUCCCACAGGCGACGGAAAAUGGUACUGCACCGACAGAAGCUCCACAAGAUUUACCAAACGGUGGUGCAAAUACCCAGAGUCCUAAUGAUUCCAGUGCUGUAAAUGGUGUAACAUCUAGUUCAGAUCAAGACGUGUGGUCUGCAGUGCAAGAAAGAGCUCUGGUUCAAGCUCUGAAAACCUUCCCGAAGGACGCAAACCAGCGAUGGGAGAGAGUUGCUGCUUCAGUUCCAGGGAAGACUGUGAAUCAAUGCAAGAAGAAGUUUGCUGUAAUGAAGGAUCGCUUCAGAAGCAAGAAAACUGCUGCCUAGUUAGUUAGUUUUUCGGCUGCAAGAAAAGGCUCGAAAGUAAUUUUGUCAUCGGGUAUUCUAAUAUUAUUUCAAAUUCUUUCAAGUUAGGGGAUUGUUCAGGCUACAAUAUGUUCCCCCUAGCUCGAGGGUUCUUCUUGACUCCGGUUACUGCCAUCCGGAUUUUGAUGUAAUGCCUUGCCGGUUUUACAGCUAAUUUGGAAGAGGGAGAUUUUAUUUAUUUGGUAUUGUUUCUUCACUAUGCUUUAUACUUUUUACAGUAAUAUUAGAUUAAUUGCAUUGUACUGAGAUAUGAUGGUCAUUGUUCGUUAUGAAAUGAGAGACCUUGUUGAAAUCAAAUUGAUGCUUACUGGCCUAGGCAGAGUUGCUCUUCAUUUUGUAAUCCAUGUCUGAUUUUAUUGAUGAGCAUUUAUUA